UAAUUCACAGGUGUUCCAGGCUAACGUUUUGCGAACCCGCAGGAACAGUACCACAGUUAUGAAUCGUCAUAGUCUGUUUGUGCCAUCUUCUCCUAUCCGUAUUCCUAGCAGCCGUCUUCAUCAAAUCAAACAGGAGGAAGGAAUGAAUUUAAUGAACAGAGAAACAGUACAUGAAAGAGAAGUGCAAGUAGCAAUGCAGAUGAGCCACUCAUGGGAAGAGAGCUUGAGCCUGAGCGACAAUGAUUUUGAAAAAUCAUCAUCACCAAAGCAAGUAGACUUUGUCCCAGUUUCUCCAGCUCCUUCACCUACCAGAGGAAUAGGGAAGCAAUGUUUCUCACCAUCUUUGCAAAGUUUGGUGAGUAGCAGUGGAUUGCCUCCAAGUCCUAGCCCAAGUCCAACAAGGCGAUUUUCAAGCAGGAGAAGUCAGAGUCCAAUUAAUUGCAUUCGACCAAGUGUUCUUGGGUCAAUAAAAAGAAAAGGUGUAACAGAGAUAGAAGAUCAUCCAAAAAGAUUAUUCCAAGGAUCCACCAACAUGCUUACCCCUGAAGUUUCACAUCAGGCAGACCUUGGGGGAUGUCUGUCGUCACAUGCUCUUGAUGACAACAGAAGCAGUGCAGGCUCUUCCUGUGACUCACCAGCUGAAGUCGGCACCAACACAGACUCUCCAGUCUCACUUUCUGACUCCAGAUCUCCUUUUUUACCAGUAGAUCUUACGGCUAAGUUACCUAUUAAUUGAGAAGCAGAAGUUUGCUAAUGGACACCAAGAAACAGCCUGGAUAUCAAUAAGAUUUUCUGUUGUGUGUAACUGAUUCUGUUCCUCAUAGGAACUUCCAGAAACGUCAUUAUUUCUAGAAAACUUCCAGAAUAGUUCCUUGAGGAGGAAUUCAUGUUUCUAGUGAUUUGUAUGACAUUUACUAAAAUACAGUAAGCAUUUGAACUGCAAACAUAUUGAUGCCAUCAUCAGUUAGUAAGCUGUUGAUUUACAAUGGAUAUCAUCUUGUUGGCAUAAGUUACAAAUAUUGUACGUACAUUCUGCUUGUGGAAGACUUGGCUUGCCAACAGGCAGUGUCCUCACU